GCAGGCUGGCAUUGCACAGAAAACUGAGUACUAUGUAUGGCUUGAAAUGAUUUUUUUUAGAACUCAUCAGCUGGAAUUGAAAGCAUUGUGGCUCCUCUUGAGGUUCGAUUCUCACAGAGAAUGGAAGUACUUCACCAAAUUCCAGGCUAUAUGAAAGAGAAGCAGCACUCAGCUAUACAAUCUCAGAGGCUACAGGCGCAUAUGGCAUUGAAUGAGUCAACUCUGGCUGCAAAACAUUGCAUCUUUAUCUUGCUUCUUGGAAUCUGCUUUCCUGCCGUUGCAUCCCAUGUCACUGUUUGGAACAGCACCCUCUCAUGAAAAAUAUAUCCACAGAUUCAUUUAAAGAGGUGGAGACUGGAGAAAGAGAGGUGGAUUUAAUUCAAAAACUGACAAAAGGAUUGUUAGCUCUUGAAUCACUGCUUUUUGGAAGAUGAACUUCACCUACCACUACGGGAUUCACCAGCAUCUCGACUUGUGGAACCACAGCUACAGACUACACGGUGGGGUCAUGAACCGAUCCCUGGGGAAGAGUUACUCUUCAGAAGGAUGCUACGAGCAACUUUUUGUCUCACCGGAAGUAUUUGUUACCCUUGGCUUUGUCAGCUUGUUAGAGAAUGUCCUGGUGAUCGUGGCUAUAGCCAAGAACAAGAAUUUGCAUUCCCCGAUGUAUUUUUUCAUUUGCAGCUUAGCUGUAGCAGACUUACUUGUGAGUGUCUCCAAUGGGUCGGAAACUAUCGUUAUCACCCUCUUGAACAACACUGAUGUGGGCGCCCACAGUUUCACGGUCAGCAUUGACAAUAUUAUUGACUCGGUGAUCUGCAGCUCCUUGCUUGCCUCAAUUUGUAGUCUGCUAUCCAUAGCUGUGGACAGGUACUUUACGAUCUUCUAUGCUCUCCAGUACCAUAACAUCAUGACAGUCCGGCGCGUAGGUAUCAUUAUCACCUGUAUCUGGGCUGCUUGCACUGUUUCAGGCAUCCUGUUCAUCAUAUACUCCGACAGCAGCGUGGUCAUCAUUUGUCUCAUCAGCAUGUUCUUUACCAUGCUAGUCCUCAUGGCAUCUCUCUAUGUCCACAUGUUCCUGCUGGCCCGGCUGCAUAUUAAAAAGAUUGCCAUUCUUCCUGGCACGGGACCCAUCUGUCAACGGGCCAACAUGAAGGGGGCAAUCACUUUGACCAUUUUGAUUGGGGUUUUUGUGGUGUGCUGGGCCCCACUCUUCUUCCAUUUGCUUUUCUACAUCUCUUGCCCCCACAAUCCAUACUGCAUCUGCUUCAUGUCACAUUUUCACCUGUACCUCAUCCUUAUCAUGUGCAAUUCCAUUAUCGAUCCACUUAUUUAUGCCUUCCGGAGUCAAGAGCUGAGGAAAACCUUCAAAGAGAUUAUGUGCUGUUACAGCCUGCGAGAGCUGUGUGAUUUCUCCAGCAAAUACUGAAUGGACACAGUGAAGCUCCUUUACUUAUGCACCUUUUACAGAGGCUGACAUUUCCUCCAGUGUUUCUAAGACUGUGGGCUAGAUGGAUGAGAAAGAACCCUGCUUUACUGGAAUUAUUAAAUGUAUUUCUCUGCUUUUAUGCUUGUCAAGCCAUCGAGUGUAAUUAUUUAAAUGUUAAAGUGUUGCUCCUGCGUAAGAUUAGGAAUGUCUCUACAGACUGUUAUUAAAGGAAUAUGUGCCCAUAUUUUCAAAACUGUGAUAUAGUUAGAACGAUAAUAUUGAGGAUUAAGCAAGAAAAUAUUGCCUUAAUAUAUAUUGCAUGCAUCACUGUUCUUUGCCUUGCUUUAUUAAGCUACUUAUGUUUGAAAGCAGGAUAUUUUUUUUUGCCUUGCACAAAGAUAUUUAACUUGAAAUGUGAUGAAAAUAUCAUCUUUUCCACUGAGCUCAGGUGCUCCACAACUUUUUCAUAAGCAGAUGUGAUAACUCCUGUCGGAUUUCCUUCCUGGCUGGACCUACACUGAGUCCUCACUGCCAUAUGUUCCACUUCAAAGCACAUAAUCUGGAUUUUAUAUGACAGCAAAUAAAGGACCUCAGUUGUAAUCAUCACUGUAUCUGGUGGAGAGGAGGUGGAAUGGUUUUGUCACAGUACCAAGACAUUUUUUUCAUCCAUCUCUGUUGUAAUGUAAUAUAUAUUGAUUUGGUGUUGAAUGUGAAAUCAAGACCCAUUAACUUUACAAAAGACCUGCUACUGGAGGAGAUAAAAGCUGGAAGAAUUUGUUUGUUGAUACAGAACAAUAUCAUUAUUUACAGUUUGCGAAUCUCCUUGUGGACUAUGGGAACUAUUACAAGUGCCUCCACCUCUAAAGCUCUCAUUAAACCACUGAUAAACCACUGACAACUUGAUGUAAAGGAAAUAGCCCAUGCUGAGCGAAUAUGAGAGAGAACUACAGUAGCUCUGUUGGAUUAAUUAUGAUUACUACGAGACUUGUUUGGGAAAUUAGUAUUUAUGUAUGAAUUUAUGAACAUCAUUCUCUCCUCACUCUCCAUGGUCAUGUUCACAUUUAUUCACAACCCUGAGAAACAUAAUUUAUACUUCCUUUUAAUAAUAUUUUUAUUUAGGGAUAGACAAGGAGAGGGGAAAACAAAAAUGGGGGUAAUUGGAUUAUACAUUUAAAGUGGGGGAACAAUACUAUGUACAGAAAGCAAGAAAGAAUUAAAAUUUAAAAAGGAGAGAGAGAAAAAACAAUUGAUGACUUCCAUCUAAUCCUUUGUGGUUUAAAAACUUAUUCUAUCAAGAAAAUAGCACACUUUCGAUGUUUGAGGCACAAAAGCCAAGCUCUUGAAUUUAAUCUAUUAUUAAGUCCAUUCUUCUACAAUGUCCCUUUGGGAAAGAAGCAACUUUAAGUGCUUCUUUUUAUUUUUUUCAUUCUUUCAUAUUUCUCUAUAUGUGUCCAAUUUGUCUGACCGGGCUUUCCAGGUUAGAAACAUAAUUUAUACUUAUUGACUUGCUCUUGGUCAAUUUAUUGUAGUGCCUUUCCACAAAAUGCUCAAGAUUGAUGUGUGCCCCCAUUUUAAAUACAAAACUAUGCUAUUUGAAGUAAUACUGCUGCUUUUAAAUCCUAGGUAGAAGCAAAGCCAGGAAUGAAAGCAGCAACACUCAGCUUAAAGUGCUCAGCUUUAAAAGCUAAAUUAAAGUAGGUCCAAAUUAAUACGCUGCAGCAAUCCUGGCCUUGGGAAUCCAGAUCGGUUAUGAGUAUCUAAUUAUGUUCUGAUACAGAACCAUCUUUUAAAAAGAAACACACAUUAACCAAACACACACCAUGGGUUUUUUAAUAUAUAUAAUGAAAAUGUUUAUAACAUAUACUCCCUUCCUAGAACAUUGAGUACAGCUAAUGGGAUGCAUACCAGUCCUUACAGGAAAAAAAAUAUAAUUACAGCCCAGUUGGAUUUACAAAAAAAAAAAUCAUAAUGCCACAAGAAGCAACAAUAAAAACAAAAAUGUGCACAACAUCAAUAAAGAUACUGAUCAUCCAGGGUCCUUUAAAACCACACUAUAAUUCCACUUUAUUCCUUUAUUGGAUUUGUGCCCCUCUUUUCUUUCAGGCCCCUUCCACACUGCCCCUAUAGCCCAGGAUCUGAUCCCAGAUUAUCUUCAUAUCCCAGUGGAGAUUCAGACUCCUUCCACACUGCUAUAUAAUCCAGAUGAUCAAAGCAGUAAUCUAGAUUAUCUGCUUUGAACUGGAUUAUGAGAGUCUACACUGCCAUAUAAUCCCAUUCAAAGCAGAUAAUCCGGAUUUUAUAUCACAGUGUAGAAGAGGCCUCAUAUAUUCCCGUUUAAAGCAGAUAAUCUAGGAUCAGUUAUUGAGUUAUAGGGAGUGUAGAAGAGGCCACAGAGUGAGAUUCAAAGUGGCUCUGCCUAGAUCUACACUGCAAUAUAAUCCUGUUCAAAGCGGAUAAUUUGGAGUUUAUACAGCAGUAUAGAUGGGGCCUUAGAUAAGAGGAUGCUGUGACUUCUUUACCUAUUGUCACUCUUUUUAUCUGCUGUGGGCACUGAUUAUUUCAUUAAUUUAUGCAAUGUUGUUUACACAUUCAAAUCUUUUUAUGUAUUCCUGUUAUAUUGUUUUACUAUUUUUAUUAUUAAAUGUUACUGUGUUUAUAAUUGCAAA